GUCUGAAGUAAAGAAAGCAGAAUGUCUUCAAUGAAUUGUGAAUACACAAUUGGUGGAGUGAAAAUUAUCUUUCCUUGUAAAGCUUACCCAUCACAGCUUGCUUUGAUGAAUUCUAUUGUCAGAGGACUAAACAGUAGGCAGCACUGUUUGUUGGAGAGCCCCACAGGCAGCGGGAAAAGCUUAGCCUUGCUUUGUUCUGCUUUAGCCUGGCAACAGUCUCUUACAGGGAAGCCAGUGGAUGAAGGCAUGAGUAAGAAAGCUGAAGCACCACUGUCAUGCUGCUGUUCAUGCCACUCAAAGAGUUCUAUACACAGUGACAUGAGCCCAGGAACUUCACCGCAUUUCAACAAUUUGGACACAUCAGCUACGGAAAGAAAUGACAGUUCAUCUGCCUGUCAAGACUCUCCUGGGAAAAACACUCUGGCUGCAAAGUUAUUUGCCAAGAAACAGGCAUCUGAAUACAGAGAUGAAAAUGAUGAUUUUCAAGUAGAGAAGAAAAGAAUUCGACCCUUAGAAACAGCACAGCAGAUGAGGAAACGUCAGUGUUUUGAAAAGGAAGUGCCCCAUUUGGAUGCAGAAAUUGCUUCAGGAAAGACUGUAAAACUCAACUCUCCAUUACAAAAGAUAAACUCCUUUUCUCCACAGAAUCAUCCUGGUCACUGUUCUAAGUGCUGCUGUUCUACUAAACAAGGAAACAAUCAAGAUUCUUCAGAUACCAUUAAGAAGGACCAUGGGGGGAAAUCCAAGAGACCCAAAAUAUAUUUUGGGACACGCACACAUAAACAGAUUGCUCAGAUUACUAGAGAGCUCCGGAGGACAGCUUAUUCAGGGGUGCCAAUGACUAUUCUUUCCAGCAGAGAUCAUACUUGUAUCCAUCCUGAAGUAGUUGGUAACUUCAACAGAAAUGAAAAGUGCAUGGAGUUACUGGAUGGAAAAAACGGGAAAUCCUGCUAUUUGUAUCAUGGUGUUCAUAAAGUUAGUGAUCAAAGUGCUUUACAGAAUGUUCAUGGGAUGUACAAAGCUUGGGAUAUAGAAGAACUUGUCAAACUAGGAAAAAAACUAAAGGCAUGUCCCUAUUACACAGCUCGAGAACUAAAAGAUGAUGCAGACAUAAUAUUUUGUCCUUACAACUAUCUUCUAGAUGCACAAAUAAGGGAAACUAUGGAUAUAAAUCUGAAAGAACAAGUUGUCAUUUUAGACGAAGCUCAUAACAUUGAAGACUGUGCUAGGGAGUCAGCAAGUUACAGUGUCACAGAAGUUCAGCUUCGGUUUGCUCGAGAUGAACUAGAUGGCUUGGUCAACAGUAAUAUAAGGAAGAAAAACCACGAACCCCUACGAGCUGUAUGCUACAGUCUCAUUAAUUGGUUAGAAGAAAACUCUAAACAUCUUGUAGAAAGAGACUAUGAAUCAUCUUGUAAAAUAUGGAGUGGAAAUGAAAUGCUCUUAAAUUUGCACAAGAUGGGUAUCACCUCUACUAUUUUUCCUAUUUUGCAGGGACAUUUUUCUGCUAUUCUUCAAAAGGAAGAAAAAAUCUUAGCAUUUCAAGAUAAAGAGGAGACAAGAGAAGAACCCAUUAUUAGCGCUUCAACUCAAAUAAUGCUCAAAGGACUUUUUAUGGUGCUUGACUAUCUUUUCAGGGAAAAUAGCAGAUUUGCAGAUGAUUAUAAAAUUGCUAUUCAACAGACUUAUUCCUGGAUAAAUCAUACUGAUAUUCCAGAUAAAAAUGGAUUAUUGGUUGUACCAAAAAACAAGAAGCGUUCAAGACAGAAAAUUGCAGUUCAUGUGCUAAACUUUUGGUGUUUAAAUCCUGCUGUGGCCUUUUCAGAUAUUAAUGGCAAAGUUCGGACGAUUGUUUUGACAUCCGGAACAUUAUCACCAAUGAAAUCUUUUUCAUCUGAGCUUGGUGUUACAUUUACUGUCCAACUAGAGGCUAAUCAUGUCAUUAAUAACUCACAGGUUUGGGUUGGUACCAUUGGUUCAGGCCCUAAGGGUCGGAAUCUCUGUGCUACCUUCCAGCAUACUGAAACAUUUGAGUUCCAGGAUGAAGUGGGAGCACUUUUGUUAUCUGUCUGCCAGACUGUGAGCCAAGGAAUUUUGUGUUUUUUGCCAUCUUACAAGUUACUAGAAAAAUUAAAAGAACGCUGGCUUUUAACUGGUUUAUGGCAGAAUUUGGAACUGAUGAAAACAGUCAUUGUAGAACCUCAAGGAGGAGAAAAGACUGAUUUUGAUCAACUACUUCAGGUGUACUAUGAUGCAAUCAAGUACAAAGGAGAGAAAGAUGGAGCCCUUCUCAUAGCAGUUUGUCGUGGCAAAGUGAGUGAGGGUCUGGAUUUCUCAGAUGACAAUGCCCGUGCUGUGAUAACCAUAGGAAUUCCUUUUCCAAAUGUGAAAGAUCUACAGGUUGAACUCAAGCGACAGUACAAUGACCACUACUCACAAUUGAGAGGUCUUCUGCCUGGCCGUCAGUGGUAUGAAAUACAAGCAUAUAGGGCCUUAAACCAGGCCCUAGGUAGGUGUAUUCGACACAAAAAUGAUUGGGGAGCUCUUCUUCUGGUAGAUGACCGCUUCAAUAAUAACCCAAGUCGCUACACAUCGGGACUUUCUAAAUGGGUAAGACAAGAGAUUCAGCACCAUUCAACCUUUGAGAGUGCGCUGGAGUCCUUAGCUGAAUUUGCUCAAAAGCACCAAAAGGUCACUAAGUCACCCAAAAAGAACAGGAAGAGUAUACAAGACAAUGAGUCUACUCCUAAAGGGGCCUGUUUGGAAGACAGACCCCAUAUGUAUUUAUUGGAAACAGCAAACCAUCUACCACUAGAAACUCCUAGGGAAGAUGAAGCAAAAAUACGUAUCCAGGAACUGCUAAGUGCCAAAGUGAUCACCGAAAAUAUGUCUUCACAAAGCGACAUGAUCACCAGAAAGGAGAAAAAUGAUUCAGUAUUAUUGGAAGAAUCUGUUCAAGCACUGCAAGCAGAGCAAGUGAUUUCUCGAUCCUCAAGCCCAACUUUCAACAAACAAACCAAGAAAGGUAGCUGGUCUACUUUUUAUUCUUUGAGAAAAUGUUUUACUGAUAGCAUAGAGACUGCAACACCUGAGCUCACGUCCUCAGAGAAUUGUUCUAGUUCUACCUACAAAACGGAAAAAGUGGAAGAGAAAACUGUUUUGCCACUCACUGAUGAAUGUGAGUUCUCAAAUUUAACAGUAAGUGCAUCGUUGGGGUCAUGCCCUCAACAAGAAAUCACUAUUUCAUCAAUAAAGAAAGAUGUCAUUGAAGGAAAUAAUUCAAAACAACUGCUAUGCUCUGAUAAAGCCCUGGAUCCAGAUACUCCUUUGUCUCUAGUAAGCAAACAAGAUAAAUAUCCCAGUUCAGCUGAAGCUUUGGAAGAAGAAGAAGCUGAAGAUGAGUCUAUAUAUUUCACACCUGAACUUUAUGAUCCUGUAGAUGAAGAUGAAGAAAAUGAACUCAAGGAAACUGAUAGGCUUAGUAAUAAUUCAGAUUGCAUUUUAGCUGAAGACCUUUUUGAAAUUGGAACUGUAACAGGAGUGGUCAGCGAAAGGAAAGCUGAGGUUGCACAGGCACAAAGUUGAAUUCAAGCUUACAUACUGAAGAAAGAAAUUGAUGACAUUGAUGAUAAUGUAAAAAUUUGUGUAAAUGAAUUGGAGCAGUGAGAAAACUCAUGGAAUAGGGAAUGGUGAUAACUUUAAGCAGUGUGCUCACUGAUAUUAGGUGAUACUGUCAAGCCAUAAAAACAUAUUGCUGUAUUUUUAUCUCAACUGUAAAUAGUCACUUAUCCACUGGAUGACUGGAAGUUUUUGUAGUACUUUCUUGCUUUAGUUCAUUGUUAUCAGAGUUUUAAGUCUAUUUUAUGUUCAGGAAAGAAGUGUUUUGUUUAUUUACAAUACUGAGGAUCGAACCCUAGACUAGGCAGGUGUGCUACCCCUGAGCUAGGACCCCUGGUCCUAGAUCUGUUUUAUGUUCAGAAAUGUAAGUAUUAUUGUAUUUUCAUAAAAUGAUUUAUACAAAGUAUUUUGUCUAAUAAGCCUUCUCUAAUAAGUCUUUAAGAUUAAUCAGUUCAGAAGAUACUUAGUUUCCUAAGGCACUUGUAAUUUCACACAACUUCAUGUUGUAGUUCACCUAAUCCAUUUGUUUUUGUAAUGAUUAAUGACAGUUGAAUCUACUCAUACUUCAUUAUACUUUCACUAUAGAUUAUAUCUCAUAUUGAUGUGAGGGUUUUUUUUUUUAAGAUAUCAAGUUUGUCUUAGAAUGCUUACUGUCUUAAUAAACUGCCUUGUAUCUAAGAAAAUUUAAGGAAGGAAACAACAUGCAUAUAUAAUUGAACGUUUUUAUUUGGGAAACCUAAAAUCAAAUGUAUCAUAAACAAAACAAUGUAAGGUUAUGAAAUGCCAGGUGAAAUAGUCCAAAUGUUCAAUUCUAAUUACUCAGCUUCCCCAUCUGUGUUGGAAACAAUGAUCUGCAACACUACUGAUGAUCUCCAACACUACUGACAAAAAGGUGAUAUGUCAUGCAUUAAGUUUUAGGCAACUAUUAAAAUAGAAAAAAAUGACAUGUAAAUUUAAUAAGCAGACCUACAAGCACAACUCAAUUAUGCUCCCUCAGAGCACAGAAAAUCUUCUGUGAAUUUUGAGUGUUUUGGUGAAUGAAAUUGUACAUCUGAUCAAAAAUGGUUAUUAAAGAUGUUGGUUUCUAACAUUAAAAAAUAUGUCCACUCAUUUUUAUCUAAGAAAUACCUGUUAUUCAGUGGAUCCAAGACUAAUUUGAAGUGAAUGGUUGUAUGUAUGCCCUGUGGAAGUGCUGAGGAUCAAACUCAGGGCUUUACAUGCUAAGCAACCUCACUACCAGUGAACUGCCUCUCCAACCUGAACUGAAAUUUUAUGGGGUACUCAUGUAGUGUAAAUAGUCUGUUACUAUCAGGUCAAAAAUACCAGUAGUCAGAUAUUUUUGCAUUCAUUUGAAGGAAUGAAAUAUAUAUGUAUGUAUGCUUGCAUUUUUUGUUAGCAUUUAGAUUUUAAAAUAGCUUAUUUGCUUCUAUAGCAUUGGAUGUUAUCAUCUUAAGCAAUUUAAAGAAAUUUAAUUGGACAUUUUACCAAUUAAAAGAGUUUAUCUGUAGAUUGGGAUAUAUUAGAUUCCGCCCAGCCCAAUAGCGGUAUAAUUAUCCAUUUGGUUGCAGAUACCCUGUCCUUUCAUUACUUAGAAAUGUACCAUAAGUUUUUAGUAACUCUAAAGCAUUUCAGAUUUUUUCCUAUGAUAUCAUUGUUGAACUAAACCUGUGGUCUUUGCAGGUUGCACUAUUGAACAAUAUAAUAAUCCAAAAUUUAAACAACUAAUCUUUGUAGAUAUAAACCAUUUUAUUAUUGAUAAUAUUUUUUAUUAUCAAUAAUAUAAGUAAGUUAAAACAUAUAAAAUCACUUAAGGUAGUACCUGGCACAUAACAGGCCACCAAGGCUUUUGAUCCCUUAUCCUUAAACCAGUUAUUAGUAGAUCAGUCUUAUAUUCACAAUCAGUCAUAUAUUUACAGUACAUUCUGGCUUUAGAUGAAGACUUUCUUAAUUGUAGAUAUACAGAUAAACUGACACUAAAGAACGGUUAUUAAUAGCAAAGGAAAAAUUACUUAGCUGGAUUAUUUUAACUUUUAAAGAUAUUUAAAUUGAGGAAUUAUCAGACAACUUGCCUCAUACACUUAGCGCAUAUAAAAUAAGUUAUUUACUAUUGAACUUAUUCAAGGCUUGAAAUCAUAGAGGCCAUGUAUGAUGAAAAUUACCAGUUGGAUAAAGGGUGUUUUUUUAAUAAAAGCAACUGUGUAAAAAAUAGAAUUUUCAUUUCUUGUUAUUUGAACUUUAGAUAAAUUACUGAAAACAUUCUAGAAUUUUGUUAGGUAUUACUAAUAACUCUUACUAUGUUCCUACUAUGCAUUUUUUAUUAUAUGGUUUUAAAUCUGGCACUGUUUCUACAUACACAUAAAGCUUUGUUUUUAUUCUUAAGAUCUUUCUAUUCAAAACAUUAAUUUAAAAAAAGAGUACUCAUAUUUCUGAAAUUGGGCUUUAUCCUGUUAUUUUCCUAUAAUAAAACGCACUCAAAAUAUUUAAUUCUUUAGAAUUGCUUAGAAAAUUUAAUGAAAUAAAAGUGCCUGUCGUAAAAAUUA